AUGCUCGCCAGACUCCUGUCCAUCGCAACCAUCUUCGCUUCCCUCGCCCUCCUUCCCUCCCUCGCCACGGGCAGCGGCAUUGCCUCCAUCCUCCUCGGGCACUGCAGCAAAUCGACCGACACCUGCAAUAAGGACGUCAAAGUUUACGGCGACCCGUCUUGGGAUCAAGGCGUCCCCCAGAAAAAUGACAAGGGAGAGGACAGCCCCUGCAUCGGAUUCAAGUCCAUCUCUGAGUACAGCCUGAAGGUGUGCGCCUGCUCCAAAUGCACGGGCUGUCCUGGAUCGCAGUGCGAGGAGGCACCCAAGGAUCGAUGUGUUGGAGCUUUUGCUUCGGGGGUCUUCCAUAGUAUUUGUGCGCUCAAUCUCACCUCACGCAGUGGGCCAGCCCGGUUGGGCGAGCCUACGUGGAUGAAGCUGCGGUAUGACUCGCGCUGCCUUGCCCUCUGA